CAAACAAGUAAACAUGGCGCCGUGUGACCCAUCAUAUCAUAUUUAGUGUAUUUUGUACACGCAGUAUCUGUAGAUUUAUCUCAAAUUACCAGUAAAUCUCGCAAGAUAAGUGCGUACGAGUCAUGAAACAUUACAAUAAGUGAUAAAUCAACAUUUAUAACUAAGUGCCAACUCUAUAUUUUCGUAAUCUUGUAAUUUUUAUAGUCCUAACAUUCAAAUUAUUCGUAUUUUAAGUGAUUGUGUCGGAAUAAUCGAUUGAUUGGAGUGAAGAUAGUGUUCAUAAUGUAAACAUUGUGGUUUUGUAAUAGUAGUAGGCGAAUUCGCUUUCUGUAAUAAAAGGUAGACAUUAACUAUGGAAAAUAUUGAUGGUUACCUGCACAAAAAGUUCAAGAAGCAAGUCAACGUCGAUACGAAAAUCCAAAAUGACAAGGAAAACAAAGAAAGCGCUCCUAUGGAGCAGGGCGAGGAAAAAGCUGACCAGAAAGAAAAUCAAAGAGAAGCUGAGUAUUCGCACGAAGAAUAUGCAUUCGAAAAGAAUCAACAACGGUCAGACAAUAACCAAAUCGUGCCAAAUCAAAGUACAAAAAACAGUACCGUAAACAGCUCUAACUGUUACAAGUCUUCCAUAUCAGUAGGGAAUCCACAAUCUUCGAACUCUUACAUAUCAUAUGUAGUUUCGAAACAACCAGACCAUCAUCAACCAACUAGUUUUGAUAUUAAAUUUAACAACCAACAGACCAACUAUACUACAGUUAUUAGUAAGUCUUCCAUUUUGAAUGUAUAUCCUACCAACAACUUCAAGUAUACGACGGGUGAUCAGUACAUCCCAUUUCCAUCAACUACACCCCAAGAAGAAACGAAACCCGAGGAACUAUUGGUGCCUAAACCAGACGAGCAAAGAAACUCCGGUGGCAAAUACGUCUGUCCUUAUUGUAAUUUAGUCUGCUCCAAGCCUAGCGUACUACAGAAGCACAUACGAGCACAUACCAAUGAGAGACCAUACCCUUGUGAGAGUUGUGGGUUUUCCUUCAAAACUAGAUCGAAUCUUUACAAACACUGCAGAUCGAGAACUCACGCCAACAGACUAAUGGGUACGAAAACUCAAGAAGGUACUACCGAACCAGACGUUCCUAAAUCAUCUAGUUACUCUCCUACCAACUUAGAUGAUCUACAGAAGCCUUACAAACCUAGAUUUCACACUAAACACUUCGACAACAUCCCGUCUGAAAGUGUAGAAGACGAAGAACAUUACGGUCCAAACUCCACGUCAGAAUUUGUUUCCCACCAUAUUAACGAAAUUAUCAGUAGAAAUAAUUCUAUAGUGAGUUCCAAUGAUCAAGGAGAAUUUCGAUACAGCAAAGAACCUGCGUAUGAGAGAUCAACGGACGAGCCUUUGAAUCUAACGAAAAGUAGGAAACGUUCUAUGAGCGAAGUAACUGAACCAGUGAUCCAAAAGAGUCUGAUUAAAGAACUGUUAUUAAAGAACCUCAGUGCUUCGGAUAUGCAGUGUCCGUAUUGCAAGAUGAUCUUCCAAACUGUCACAGAAUUGGAUGUACAUAAAUAUAGAAGCUGUAAAGGCAAACCUCAUGGUGCUAAGUAUACCAGAAGUAGUUCUGUGAAUGUUGCAUCGAUUUUAACACACAACAAAAAUGCUUUUGAUAAUAUUCCUCAGAUGCAGUUUCCUUUGAACUCACCUGGACCAUUUUUAGGAAAGACCAGGUUAAUAGAGAGCGACAAGACCAAGUCGUUCUCGUUUGACAGUGGGAACAUGCCUUUGAUUAGUCCAGGGGAACCAUCACCCUCACCCAACUACCUGCUAUCUCCUCUUCCGUUUGAUCGCGACAAAAAACCAGGAGUCAAAUUAUUUGGUGGUGAAGUUAAAGUGCACUCAUCAGGUGAAACCAAAAGCUUCAAAAUCGAUGGGUCAGAAGAUAAAUACGAGAAGGAAGUGAAUUAUAUUGAUUACGGUAGUAGUUUGAGUGAAAAUAGAGUUGUUAAAACUAGUCUACAGUCGGGAGGAACAGUGUUAACCAAUACAACAAACUACAAACCAGACCUAAAAACUCCUAAAGACGUCAUAAUGAUGUCACCUAGUGUGGACUUUAAUAAACGUAUUUUUACGUUUGAUAAAACUCCAGAAGUGUUGGAAAGUAUGCAAGAUUCCUUAGUACGACCUAGAGCUUUAUCUGAAACGUCGAAAUCGUACCCAGAUGAAUCUAGUCCUUUGUACAAAAACAUCAUGGACUUCAGUCAAAAAGCUCUUAAAAAGUUAACUCCUAAUAUAAAGCAGCCUACCCUUAAUGUUCCAAGCAAAACCAUUUCUAUCAUAGAAAACGUACCUAUUAAACCAAUUACCAAUCAGAUGAUCCUAGAACCUCGACCUGAACUGAAUAUUCUAAGUCCUAAACCUAAACUAACGCCAGAUGUUUCCUUCAAUGAAUCAAAACCCAACUUGUACAAUCCUCUUAAUCUGUUCGUAAAUGGAAAAGUUGUUAGACACGUACCUGGCAUGCCUGGACCGGUAGUUGCUGCAGAAGCUCCACCUGUUGAAUACUCUAGCAACAUUAUAGCUGUUGCUAGGACGGUUCAGCAUAGUAUGGCUCCUCUCUCUCCGCUAGUUGUGGACAAGACACCUCUAACGCCCUUGAUAGUAGACCGGUCUCCAUUAACUCCUAAAUUAGCUGAAAUCUAUACACAGCAAGAAAAAAAUGGUACCCGGUUUUUUCUACAACCCGACAGAUUAAAGUCUCCAAAUAAUUUACAAAUGGAAAGAGUCUUGGUAAAAUCAUCGGGAAACUUCCUACAACCUGAAAAGUUCAAUGAAAGAAUGAGUAGGUCACCUAAAUCAGACAGUUCUGAGACGAGCACAAAGACCAACAAAUCUCUAGAACAGUCUUUAGAAACCAAAUCAGUUGAAGAAGUUAAAAAGUUCAUUAGACCUAACAGUUUGGCCCUCAAACCGACGAUGGCUUCUCUGAAACAACACCACGGGUUAACACCGACCAUGUUCAACCAGAUUUUAAUCAGUCCUGAUACGCCAAGGGUAGCUAAGAAGUACGCCCAGCAUUUUCUUCACGGGAACUACUUCAGCUACUUGGGGUUGAAGAGUUCUACGCGGCCCGUGUAUUGCACACUCAACAAAACCCAACCGUUCUAUGUACCGUACUUUAAGAAGCUGAGUAUGUACUCAGAGUGGAGGCAGCAGGAUACGAAGCAGGAUAAGUUGUAUGUGAGCAAUUAUGAUUCGAGGCAGAAGGGACACAGUUACAGCAUAGCUGGGAAGACGUCGCCCAAUCUGAUCAUUCAUUCUAGCUAUAAGUUUGUUGUUUCGGAAACUCUGUCGAAACAAUCAGAAAAAGAGGAUGAACCACAGAAGACUAACACCAUUUUAGGAGGCUAUGAGUGUAAUGAAGAUUACAUUUAUGUGAGAGGAAGGGGACGGGGACGCUACGUUUGUGAUCAAUGCGGCAUCCGAUGCAAAAAGCCGUCAAUGCUUAAAAAACACAUUAGGACACAUUCUAACGACAGACCUUAUACAUGCAGCCACUGUAAUUUCAGCUUCAAGACCAAAGGCAACCUAACAAAGCACAUGAAGAGCAAAGCUCAUUCCAAAAACUCGACAACUAGCACUGGAUCGUCCUCUUCUUCGGCCCAACAAAGCGCUCAAAGCUCAGAGUCCGAUACUGAUGACAGCGGAAUGGAUAGCAGCGACGAAUCUACACGGCAACAAGAACACGAAGCAGCUUACGGUCUUCUGUCCCUUUCCCAGAAACCAUCGCAACCUUCCAGUGGAGAACUAUCGCGCGGUCGCAGUAAAAGCCCCACAGACACUUUUAUGACCACCGAAGAAAUAGCUCAUGUUUCCAAGGCAAACUACGCCAAAAAUAAAAUCUUGGACGAGCAAAAUACAUCGCGGAAUUCAGGUUUCAAAAACGUGGAGGUCAGUAGUAUGUCUACUGCGGAAGAAACCACGGAAAGUCAAAAUUAUAGGAUAUAUUUAGGAAUGGGAAGUGGAAGUAGGCCGUUAACGUACCCUUAUACGACUAUUUUAACGGUGGAAAAGGAAAUGAUGCCAUCUCCGAAGAUUAUCGAGCUGGACUCGAGAGUAUCAGAAAAAACUCCUGCUCCGCCAGAACAAAAAAGCAUAAAACAGUUCCAUGUUAUCCAAAAAUAUGUACCUCAAUCUAAACUAAGUCCUAGACUACCUGAAAAUAACGUUCCUGUGUCCCGAAAAGUCGAGUACAACUAUUCUCCUCCAGAAGAACCGUUAAAUAACACCAAAACUACAGCAGCUUUACCCAGUAGACCUCUUCCGACUCUUAAAAUCAACGAUGUUGUCGUUAGCAACGAAAACGCGCCAGAUGCGAGGAAAAGGAAGGUUUCUGUGACGUAUUUUCCUUACAAACGAAAAGUGUCGAAGAGCGAUGAAGUCAUGGACCUCUCCAUGGCAAAUAACCACGAAAAAAUAGUUAACGGUGUUGUAGAAGAAAAUAUAUUGAACAAUUUUAGGCCUAUAGAAACCCAAAAAAACGUAGCCAACGAAAUCUUUAACGCGUUGCAGAAGCCUGCGCCUCCUCCUAGGUUAGAAAUCAACGAAGACAUGGAGGAAUACCCACCACCUACAAAAUCCUUCGAAUUAUCGACGAACAACAACGGUGCUGUCCUCAUUGUUCGACCUAUGACGUCGGAACUACCCGAAGAUCAAACGCCGUACAACGAAGAAUCGGCCAAAAGUGGCGAUUUUGAUAAUAGCGCGAUGGAGACGUUGGCCGAUAUCGCCACGAAGCAGGUGAAAUUGGAGAAAAAUACUUUGGCGAAAAGCGUGGCUAGUGAGUUUCUGAAGUUGGCAACGAAGAUUGAGAACGCUGAUGGCUCCAUUAAUUCCGUUAAUUUUGGACCUAUCAAUAAAGAUGUCAACGAUAUAAUCGUUAAAUCCGAGGGGAACAAGAGCUGUACUAUAUGUUUGAAAAGUUUCAACAAACCGUCACAACUUAGGCUUCACAUGAAUAUACAUUAUCUAGAAAGACCUUUUCGCUGUGAUUCGUGCUCGGUCAGUUUUCGAACCAAGGGACAUUUACAGAAACACGAGAGAAGUGCUAGUCAUCACAAUAAGCUCUCGUCAUCUCCCGCUCUAUCAUCCUCCGAACCGAGGCCGUUCAAAUGUUCAGACUGUAGCAUAGCUUUCCGAAUCCACGGCCACCUGGCGAAACACCUGCGAUCAAAAAUGCACAUCCAAAGGCUAGAAUGUUUAAAGAAGUUGCCUUUUGGUCUAUACGCCGAACUGGAGAGGUCUAACAGUCUGUUGACGGAGAUAAAUACUUGCGACGGGGACCAGUGCCUUGAAAGCCUCAAAAUGUUAGCUAAGAAAGUGUUUAUCAACCACCCGAACAAACUGACCGAUAUAGAUCAUAGGGAGAACAUUAGCGCGGAUUAGUAGAACAAUUUUUGUACAUAUUUGCUAUUUAAACUGCUGAAGACUGAAGAUAAGAAAAAUCUAUUAAGAAAGUAUACAUUUUAUAAAAUAUUUUAUUGUUAAAAACAUUCUACUUACAGAAUUAGAUUAUUAUUUAGAUGAAGAUAUAUUAUAUAUUCUCGAAGGGACGAUUUUAAAACUAUAGGUAGCUUCCUGUGUAGUACCGUUUUUAAUUGUAUGAAUUGAUUCGUUUUAUUUAAUUCAAUGAAAUGUUUUUCCUACGAGUUGUAUAAAAUACAGCCAUUAAUUCAUUACAUCAUCGUGAAAACUCUUUAGGUACUCGUCAAAAGCUUGCACCACUUCAUUUUCUUUCCAAAGCUGCUUUUAUAACUCAUAUAAGUCACUUGGUGAUAAAUCUGGAGGAUAUAUUGGCUGUUCUAGCGUUGAUCACCGAUAUCUUUUGUUAUUUUUCUCACCUUCACCAUAUGAGUAACGCUAUUGCUCAUAAAACUGCCGGAACACUCACUCCUACCAAAGCACUUCUUUCGUUUUCAUUGAAACGAAGAAUUGUGGUCCCCCUUUUAGGAAACUGAACAUACUUAGUAGUUUGCUGGUCCAAAAUACUGCUUCUAUAGCUUUCUGGCUGAAAAAACGCUAUUGUCUUCAAUCCUCUUUUUCUUCAUAUAUGCAUUUAGGAAAAGGAAUUGUAUGAUAAAAUGCAAAAAUAAUGGUGAAAAACGUAAUUAUAAAAUAUAUAAAAUUGAUUUUCUCACCCAAUAUGUAAGUUCCAAUUACGUUUACUACUUAUUGUAAGUUGUUCAAAACAAGAGGAUCUACACAACAUUGCAAAUUUCCUGAAACUAACUGUAUGCAAUACGAGUUCGAAGAAGAAAGGAAGCUAAAUGUUUAUUUUUAUCAUAUUCACAAAGUACCCAGAGUCUUUUUGUGUGCUGUUAUGUGUUUUUCCGUAGAUCUACCUGUUUGCCCAAUGUACCGGGUGUCCCAAUAAGAAUGGCUCUCGGCCAUAUCUCAGGAACCGUUUAUAGUACAGCUUUGGGAAAUAAUUUUUUAUAACAAAAGUUACCUCGAGAAAAGCCUGGAAAUUAUUUUCAUAUUUGUAAGUCCACCGCUAGAGGGCGUAAUUGAAUGUCAAAAAUUUAAAAAUAAAAAAAAUACAAAAUUUACAUAAUGAAAGGGCACUGAAAAUCCAAUCAUCGUAUUCUUCGCAAAAUUCUGCGAAUAUUUGAUUUCACAAUGUAACUCUACCUUUGCAAAUAAGAGGUGGGGGUGAGUGGGAACCUUGCUAUGAAAAAUGGCUGUAAGUCAGAUUCUGCUUAAUCGAUUUUUGCAAACUUGCUCUCGUUGAAAACAGAUCUUUUUCGUUAAUAUAAGAGUUAUAAUUACGAAACAGCCUAAUACGUAAUAUGCCAGCUAGGGGGCGCUAUUUUAUGUUUUCAGAAAUCUAGUUUUCUUUGGAAAAUAUUAAAUACAAGUAUGCACUUUUAACCCUGUAUUACAAAAUUAGACCAAAUUAUCAACAGAAUAUCGAAAACCGCAUGUCGAUACCUUUUUUCUAUCUCGAGAUAUCUUAAGAAACGUGUUAAUUUUUAAACAUAACUGAUGAUGUCUCCUGUAAACGAAAUUACGGAAAUCAAAGUGGAAACAAGUAGUGUGCUGUGAAAAAAAAUUAAAGUGUGACACUUGCGGAAUGCCGACAGAAGUGAAUACUUAUUAUAGAUUCGAUUAUAUUCGUUUGGUUCAAUUAGAUUCUAUUCGAUUAGAUUUAAUUUUAUUUAAUAUAUAUUAUAUCUAUAAUUUAAUAUAGACAUAUAAUAUAUACCUAAUUUAAUACAUAAUAUUAUAUACUAGUGAUUUUACCCGUUAAAAUUAGGAUUAAUAAGAUAUAAAGAUACAAAAAGCUUUAAAUUAUUAUUUUUCUUAAUAAUGUAACCGAUAUUUUUUAAUUUAAAAAUUUAAUUACUGCAUGUAAAUAAUGCAUGGAAGAGUUCAUUUAUUUUUAGAUACUCUCAUUAAAGGGGAGGCCGUUAUACAAAAGUGGCUUUUUUAAAUUUGAUGAUUACAUUAUUCCUUUCAACCUAUUUAUCCUCAAACUGUAUUUUUAAACAUCCUAUUUAUUUUAUAUAAUAAUAAUUAAAUUCACUAUCAAAUUUGAAGUAAAACUUCUUUUGAAAGUUUGUUAAUUCUAAAAUUAAUGGGUAAAAUCACUAGUACAGUUUGUCAAACGUAGCAAAAAGUUUUAAAAUUUCGGCGAUUGUAAGAUUUUCAAAUUCUUUCCUACGUUUGACAAACCAUAUAUAUUAUGUAUUAAAUUGGGGAUAUUUUAAAUAUAUUAAAUUAUAAGCAUAAUUAUAAUAAAUAAAAUUAAAUCCAAUUAAAUGGAAUCGAACUGAAUCGAACCGAAUAUAAUUGAAUCUAUGAGAAAUAUUCACUUCUGUCGGCACUCCGCAAGUGUUCCGCUCUAAUUUGUUUCCAUAGCACACUACCUGUUUUCACUUUGAUUUCCUUAACUUCGUUUACCGGUGACAUUAUCAAUUUGUUUACAAUUUAUACGUUUCUUAAGAUAUAUCGAGAUAUAAAAAAGGUAUCGACAUCCGGUUUUCGAUAUUCUGUUGAUAAUUUGGUCUACUUUUGUAAUACAGGGUUAAAAGUGCAUAUUUGUAUUUAAUAUUUUCCAAAUAAAUCUAGAUUUCUGAAAAGCAUAAAAUAGCGCCCCCUAGCUAGCAUAUUACUUACUAGCCUGUUUCGUAAUUAUAACUCUUACAUUAAAGAAAAAGAUCUGUUUUCAACGAGACCAAGUUUGCAAAAAUCGAUUAAGCAGAACCGGACUUACAGCCAUUUUUCAUAACAAGGUUCCCACUCACCCCACCUCUUAUUUGCAAAGGUAGAGUUACACUUGUGAAAUCAAAUAUUCGCAGAAUUUUGCGAAGAAUACGACGAUCGGAUUUUCAGUGCCCUUUCAUUAGGUAAAUAUUGUAAAAUUUUGAUUUUUAAAUUUUCGAUAUUCAAUUACGCCCUCUAGCGGUGGACUUACAAAUAUGAAAAUAAUUUCCUGGCUUUUCUCGAGGCAAUUUUUGUUAUAAAUUUUUUUUUCCCAAGGCUGUACUAUAAACGGUUCCUGAGAUAUGGCCGAGAGCCAUUCUUAUUGGGACACCCGGUACAGUUUUGAUAAAUCCUCAAUAAUUAAUUUAUAAACUGAAUUAAAAUAACUUACAUUGAAUAAACGUACAUAAACAGAUAUUUACAGCCAGUAUAAUCCCUGCACAUUGACUAGAUACGAAUGUAGAAAGACUGCAGGGCAUUUAGGAAGAAAAAAGAGAUGGAAAUGAAGAAAAACUUAAAUGCAGUAAAUGACAGUAAAAAUAAAUGAUAGUAAAUGACAAAAGUAAACUUGAAAAGAAAGAAAAAAUUCAUUGCGGUAUCAAAAUAUAUCAGUAAUAUUGCUGGUAAAUGUUUUCAGGAAAAACUGAUAAAUGAUUUUAAGUAAUAUUAUAGGUUGAAAAAUAUCUUAUUGAGACUUUUCACUUCCCUAAGAACAAUAUUAGCUAACCAUAUUACUAGUUUUUAAGUAAAUAUAUAUAAAUUUAUUUUUUUAAUGUAUUUUAUCAUGGGUAAGCUUUUUGUUUUAUUUAUUUAAUGACGAAGUUAUUUUUACCAAAAACUGGUUAGACGAUAUUGUUACGAAGUCUUGAGGAAGAGCUAUGUACUCAUUAAUUUUUUUCAUUGUAUAUAGACAAAAUAAGGAACCAAAUGCUGCUUAUAGACGAAGAGGCAGCGCUGAAAAAUCUCUUUGAAUUUACUAAAGCUAAUUUUUUUACAGUUGAUUAGUGUGAUUGUGUAGAGAAACAUACUGCGGUCGGUCAAGCGAAACGUAGAACAGGGGUUACUGAGAGGGUAUCGAGUUGCUUUCCUACGAAGGUAAUUAUUUCCAUUUACUAAGGCUGAAAAUCAGUACACACAUUCUAAAUUGAAUAUAAAUAAAAGUUAUUAUAGUCGGUCAGCUGUAUGACGGGACAGAGCCGGUCGGUCGGUCCCAAUGAAUGUACAGGGUUAUUCACUAUAUUUUGUCCCCCUUGUAAACUGCUUUAUUUACAGAAUUAGAAAAAAAAUGUAAAAUACAAAAGUUAUUCGAUUUUUAAAUUAUGAUUUUUUGACAUACAUAUCGUACUAGUGACGUCAUCCAUUUGGGCGUGAUGACGUAAUCGACUACUUUUUUGAAUGGGAAUAGGGGUCGUGUGCUAGCUCAUUUGAAAGGUUAUUCAAUCAUUGUUUAUACAGGGUGUCCAAAAAAUUUUUUAAAUUAAAUUAAUUGUUUAAUUAAUAAUUCAAAAAAAGUUUUUGGACACCCUGUAUAAAUAAUGAUUUUAAUGUUUAUAUUACUGCAUAGAAAAUUGAAUAUCCUUUCAAAUGAGCUAGCACACGACCCCUAUUCUCAUUUAAAAAAAUAUUUUUUUUAAACACACGACCCCUAUUCUCAUUUAAAAAUCUAAACAUCCCGUUAGUCAGCACAGUAAUUCAAGAAAGAGCCAACAGACAUCACGAGAAAUUGGAAGACCACCCCAACCAAUUAAUAUUACCAUUACUGCAGUCACUAAACAACAGAAGAUUGCGAAGAUUAUGGCCCAUAGAUCUUCGCUGAAACUGAGGUGAAACCGCUGGGUGAUGUACCUCAUAACGCCAUUUUAGUGUACAAUAAUACAUUGAUAUAUGUUAUUGUACUUGUUAUCAAAUUAGCUUAUAGAAUAUGUAAUUCUGAUUGUUAAUAAAUGCUUACGAAAAAAAAAAAAAAUUAAAAAAAUAGUCGAUUACGUCAUCACGCCCAGAUGGAUGACGUCACUAGUACGAUAUAUAUGUCAAAAAAUCAUAAAUAAAAAAUCGAAUAACUUUUGUAUUUUACAUUUUUUUCUAAUUCUGUAAAUAAAGCAGUUUACAAGGGGGUCAAAAUAUAGUGAAUAACCCUGUACAUUCAUUGGGGCCGACGACCGGCCCUGUCCCGUCAUACAGCUGACCUACUAUAAUAACUUUUAUUUAUAUUCAAUUUAGAAUGUGUGUACCGAUUUUCAGCCUUAGUAAAUGGAUUUAAUUACCUUCGUAGGAAAGCAACUUUGAUACCCUCUCAGUAUCACCUGUUCUACGUUUCGCUUAACCGACCGCAGUAUGUUUCUCUACACAAUCACGGUAAUCAACUCUGAACAAACUAGCUUUAGUAAAUUCAGAGAGAUUUUUCGGCUCUGCCUCUCAGUCUAUUAGUAGGGGGAUUAUAUAAUUCCGCCUUCUUAACCCGCCAGUGGUCGCUAUAUGAGAUUUUCUCUCACGGUUUCAGAAAAUUGCGCACAACUUUUUUUCUGGAAAAUUAUACGCGUUAUAUACGUUCCUUCUAGUCUCCUAACUAUCCUCCUUCGACAAUCUAAUAGACUCGUCCGCUCAGAUAGUGACUCGGUUUACUUCUUAUCACCAUAUUGUUGAGUCAGUGCGCUUGAUGUGAGAGAUUCUCUCAUCAAGCGACCACCGGCGUCACCAACUGUGUAUAAAAAUUAAUUUUAUUUCUCCCCUUAAAACCUAAAAUAAUAUCCUUUUAUGAUGUAAUAAAAGGCGCCGUGGAUGUGGUCGAUGAUAUGAAAAUCCUAUAUUAUGUUUCACGCGUUCGUUGUAGAUGGUCACUUACCAUAUAUUUUUCAAUGUUUAAAUAUUGGCGGCAUCAAUAGUGACAUUUUAUAUAAAGAUAAUAAUAAUAAAACAGAAAAACGUUCCUUUUUAAAACAAAUUGCUUUAUCGUUGAUGAAACCUCAUCUUUUUUGUAAAAUUUUGUAAAGAAAGGAAAAAGUUGGAUAUGUGAGAGAAAAUCUCACGCGCGACCACUAGCGUAACAGUCGACCUAGCGACCAAUGCCGGGUUAAGUAAGAACUUUGUAGCUUUCCACGAGUAGUCAGUGGCUUGGCUUGCAUCUAGUUUUUGUAGCCUGAAAAGUUGCAUUUUUCGGCCAUUAUGUAGAUUUGCCAUUAUCAAGACUAGGAACAUUAGAUGUUUUGAAUUGUAGUCUCCGCCACAAAAAAACUAAGCCCAAGUGUUUCAAAAAAUGUUUUCAAUUCUGGUUGUUCUAAUGUUUUGGUGGGCAAUAUAUAGCUGAAAAUAUUCAAAAUAUUUCAAAUUUAGAUGAUUUUUUGAAGCUAUAAAACGGUUAAAACACUAAGGCCCGUAUUCAUAGUCGGUACUCAAGUCUGAGUCGAUGCUUAAGGUCGACCUUGAACAAAUUCUUAUACAAAUUUGUAUACAAAUUUUUUCAAGGUCGACCUUAAGCAUCGACUCAUACUUGAGUACCGACUAUGAAUACGGGGCUAAAUCGAAGAGAAAUCCUAUCUACAACCAAUGAGCGACGCAGUUCGACGUCCAAGCGACCAAUGAGCAAUCAUUUCAAUAUAAUGCAGCUCCUGAUUGCACUACCCAGUUCACACGGAUCUGGUACAGUUAUCUAACAAAAUUUGGUUCCUUAUUGUAAAUUUACAUUAACUUUUUUAUCUUUUAACAUCAAUAGUAUCAAUUGGUACUAUGUAUAAGUGUAUGUAUUGAUGGGAACAAAGGGUUUACUACACAGGAAAUAAAGUAAUAGGUUUUAAGAUCGACCCUACUAUUCUGAUGUGUCAAAUAUGAUAAUUGUGAUAUAUUUUUAAGUGUUGUAUAUAUAUGUUCAAUAGACACUUGGUCUUUUUGCCAUGAAUUCAGAAGGUGCAUCUUUUGUUUUAAAUUUCUUGUCGAAAAGGACUUUGUCUCACUGUCAGCGUCAACACAAAUUAUAUUUUUUGUUUUAUUUAUUAUUAUUGACGCUUUAAAUUGUUGCAAUGUGAUACACGGCAAUAUCCAACCUCAUGACGCAUGCGCACGUAUUAAGAAAGUUCAUAACACGUAUACAGUAUAUUCUUUUUCUCAUGAUCAUCAACUCUAAGGACCUCAUUGCCUUCCUUAUGUAUGAACAGAAAACAAAAAAAGUUGUGACUGGCUAAAUGACACCCAAGUCUAUGCCAUAAAAAAAUGAUCAUCUUUCAGUGCGUCACAGUUUUUCGAUUUCUUUCUAACGCAUUAAAUUGUAUGUGACAGAAAAAACGCACGUCGGUGAUUACAGACAUUUACAACAUUUAUUCUAGUUAUUCUAGUUGUCGAUAGAUGACGCCAUAAUAAAAAAAAUAUUUUUUUUAAUUAGAUAAUAAUAUUACAAAUAUAAUCUGUAUAAUUUAUAAGACUGUACAAAUCAAAGAAAAUACCAUUUUAUAAAUGCAAGAAACAUUUUUUGAUUUGUUUUUAUUCCAAAUUGAAAAUAAAAUGUAACAACCGUCAGAUUUAACUAAAAUGUCAUGUUAAAAUAAAUGUCAUAAAUGUGUAUUAUCACGGACUUACCCUUUUUCCUAUCAUUUGUUACGCACUGAAAAAUGCUCAUGAAAAGGACAAUACAACAUAUUUAUAUAAAACGUUAAAAAACAUAUUGAGUAAUGCUCUAAUAACAUUGUAAUGUAGGUAUAGCUAUGUUGUCAUAAGCAAAAAAAAUAUUUUAUGAACAAUCAUUCGGGAAACUGACAGUCUAUCAACUGUUACUGAUUGACAGUCUGUCAAUUUUCACUGUUUGAUAGCCUGUCAACUGUCAGUUCUAUCAGGAAAAUGUAUUGUCUUUGAUUGUAUUGCAUCAAUUUAAAGUGUCUAAUGGAUUGGUUGUGUCUUUCGGUGCAGUUUUUUUUACAGAAAUAAAAGUUUAGAUGUUGAUUUUUCUAUAUUUUAUACUAAACGCAAGUAUGUUGUCGACUCUGGCAUUGAGAUACUGAUCUUUUCGACAUUGGAAAUUGUUUUUAUAAUCUUAUAUAAGAUUUUGUUUGUAAGAGUUUAAUUUUUACCUGUUUUUAGGUAUCUAUUGCAUAGUUUUUAUGUACGCUGGUUAGGAAUAAAUGUUGUGUCUUUUUGAAAACAAAACCUGUCUAGUUACGUUGAUUUUUAUUGUAUAUAAUUUGUUUGUAUCAUAUUUUUUGCCAGGAUACAUAUUUUGUUAAUAUUGUUUCCCCUGUUGAGAAAGUACAAGAAAUUGUUAAAAUAA